ACGCCUUUUAACAAUAUCAAAGUUUGAAAAAAAAAUUGGAAAUACUAACCAAAUUGCUCACUAUUACCAAUUUAAAUAUACAAAGUAAGGCUAUAAUAGCAACACUGUCGCAGAACUUCUGCUUGUUAUAAAUAUCACAUCAUCAGUGUAGUCUUUGAUUACAAUGCGUUAAAAUAGAAUAACAAUAUUUAUUUUGUACCCUUAUCAAUAUUAAAACGUGUUUCCAUACGAUAGUUACAAAUUAUGAAAAGUCCAUAUGCUAGAAAUUUAAUUUUCUCUAGUGAAAAAUUGGUAUCCUACAAUUUGUGUCAUACAUUUUUUGUCCUAGAGAUAUUAUCCUUGAUUUAUAGAAUACAAGUAUUAAAAAAUAAUGCUCAUACCUUGUUGGUGUUUUAUAUUAAGUUCACGAUAAAGUUUAAUGAGAGUAAUUUAAAGAAAAUAACAAGAAAGAGAAAUUUGUAUUACUUGUGAAACUAUGUUGAAACCAAAAGCAUUAACACAAGUACUUAGUCAAGCUAAUACCGGCGGCGUAGAAAAUACAUUAUUAUUAAAUAGAGAUGGUGGUUUAUUAGCUUACAGUGGUUAUGGAGAUAAAGAUGCAAGAGUAACUGCUGCUAUUACAAGUAAUAUUUGGUCAGCUUAUGAAAAAAAUGGACGAAAUGCAUUUAAGGAAGAUGAAUUGCAAUUCGUAUUAAUGGAUUGUGUGGAGGGCAAAGUUGUUAUUACCGAAGUAGCUAAUUUGUUGUUAUGUUUGUACGCAAAAGAAAAUGUGGGAUUUGGUUUACUAAGAGAAAAAGCACAAGCUUUAGCAAGAUACCUUGAUCAACCACUAAAAACAAUAGCAAAUAUGCCUUAAUCAAUGUUUAAACAUAUAUCCAAUUGUGUUGUAAAAUUUAGUUUUAUAUUUUAAUGUUUAUAAUUUAUUGUAAAGAAGGAUACUUGGUACUGUCUUGUAAAUAAUAUAUUUUCAAUUAAUAAAAGACUUAUGUAAUCAUUUA